AUGAACCUCCAUGGCAUUGCCGCCGCCCUAUUACUCGUCGCACCGGCAUUGCUGGCGACGGCCUAUCCCAAUGAUACUUCGCGGGCAUUGAUGCAAGAUCCCUUCCUCGAUCUCGUCGAUGGUUGCCCUCCAUGUCCUCGAUGCUUCGACUGCCACUACGACGAAUUCAAAUGCCUACAAUUUGCGAGCUGCAGCAGUGCCAACGGAAAAUGCGUGUGUCCUCCUGGCUUCGGGGGAGAUGACUGCGCGGAGCCGCUGUGCGGUUCCCUGGUCGAUGGCAAGAAUAGAUCACCAAGAAGAGGCGAUAAGUGCGACUGCAGAGAUGGUUGGGAGGGAAUCAACUGCAACGUGUGCACUUCCAAUGAGGCAUGUAACGCAAUGAUGCCACUGGGCCAGGGUGGGGUUUGUUAUAAAAAAGGUGCUUUGGUCCACGAAAACUACCAGGUGUGCAAUGUUACCAACAAUGCCAUUCUGGACCAGAUCGAUCCGCGCAUACCAGAGGUUACCUUCUCCUGCAACGCUGAAGACGCUACCUGCAACUUCCAGUUCUGGGUUGAUCAAAAGGAAUCGUUCUACUGUGCUCUCGACAAUUGCACUUCCACAUAUCAAGACACAAAUGUUCGCAAUACGACAAAAUAUCAAUGUCAAAACAUAAAGUGCUCUUGCAUACCAGAUCGGUUCUUGUGUGGCGAAGAUGGCUCCGUCAACAUCGACGAGUUCUUGGAGCAAGAGAUCAAGGGCCCAGCUUCCUUCUACUCGCAGCAUACCUAUGGCGGUAGCUCUAAGGACGGCAGUCGUUUCGAAGAGCCGGCCAUGAACAACUUGAUAUCUAUGAUAUUCGGCGAUGAGUAUAUCUCACUUCAGUGUCGGGCAGGCGAAUGCCUGUAUGAGACGGAGGUGCCUGGAUAUACAAGACCUAUCAAAGAGAUCAACACCCCUUUGAUUGCAGGAAUCAUCGCCGGUUGCGCCCUCUUUGUCGUUGCCGUCACACUCAUAUCGUGGUACCUCUCGAGAAGAGCAGCGCUCAAGCGAUGGGGAGCCAUUCGACUAGGUGAAAAUGGUGAAAAUGAUGCCUCGCUAUCGAUGAUUAACCACACCCCGAUGUCUUUACAAUUUGAGAACGUCUCUUAUGGUCAACUCACAGCCAUCAUGGGUGCGUCCGGCGCAGGCAAGUCUACGUUUCUCGAUAUUCUGGCUCGCAAAAACAAACGUGGGACUGUCUUGGGCCAUAUGUAUGUCAAUGGCGAGAAGAUUCUCGACGGGGAAUACCGAAACGUGGUGGGCUAUGUCGACCAGGAGGACACCCUUUUGCCAACUCUGACCGUUCAUGAGACCAUUUCCACCAGUGCUCUCCUACGACUACCAGCUGACAUGGGCAUUUCUGUCAAGGAGCAGCGAGUUAUCGAAGUUAUGCAGCAACUCGGCAUUUAUCACAUCAAAGACCAAGUGAUUGGCUCGGAGGAAGGAAAUGGUCGAGGUAUUUCCGGUGGCGAAAAGCGACGGGUUGGUAUUGCUUGCGAGCUUGUGACAAGCCCAAGUAUUCUCUUCCUCGAUGAGCCAACCAGCGGACUCGACGCCUUCAACGCUUUUAACGUAGUUGAAUGUCUGGUCACGUUGGCCAAAACAUACAACCGGACCGUCAUUUUCACCAUUCAUCAACCUCGCUCCAACAUCGUGGCUCUUUUCGACCAGCUCAUUCUUCUUGCCAAAGGUCAAACCGUCUACUCUGGUCCCUUUUCAAGCUGUCAAUCAUAUUUUGAUCAUAUUGGUUACUCCUGUCCGCCGGGUUUCAAUAUCGCGGACUAUCUGGUGGACCUGACAAUGCACGCCAGUAUUCCACGUUCUCCCAUAUUCGAGGACGUUCCGAAGGAUUUGCUCGACCGAGACAUCCCGGGGACGGAAUCAAGCAGCACGCGGGCUGUGAAGUCCAUUGCAAGUGUUUCAAACGUGAGCAUGGAAAGCCCACGCGAACCCUCGACUCGAAUAAAACCAAAGAGGAGGAUAUCCCUGAAACAAAAGCAGGACCGGCAAUUGUUUACUCGAAAGAAGGCUUCUGGGAGCGAAACUCCGCCAACACCAAAGACUGAUGAUGAAGACACUAUAAUGGGAAGGGCAACUGGCAGCAUGCGGAGCUGGCUACCCCUGUCGAAGAGAGAUGGGUCGAACCCGCCACCCCUUUUGGAGGAUCCUGACGACAUACCACCAGACGCCAACACCGACCUCGACAUUCUGGUGACCAGUUUCAAGAACUCAGAUGUCGCUCAGACGAUCCACGACGAAAUCACAGCUUCAAUCCAAGCUGCAUCGGCGGCAAAUGGCCACGGUGGAGAAGACGCUGUGACCGAGCCCGUGACAGGCUCGAUUAAAGGCUUCCGGCGAGUCAGCCUUCCACGACAAUUUUUGAUCCUAUCCAGGCGGACUUGGCGGAACCUGUAUCGCAACCCUAUCCUGAUGCUGACGCACUAUGCUGUUGCUAUUCUGCUGGCGGUAUUGUCAGGAUGGCUCUUUUACGGCGUCACAGAUGACAUUGGCGGGUUCCAAAAUCGACUAGGUCUCUUCUUCUUCCUGCUGGCAUUGUUCGGUUUCAGCGGCCUGACAAGCUUGAACGUCUUCAGCGCAGAGCGGUUGAUCUUCGUUCGAGAACGUGCCAAUGGAUACUACUCCCCGAUCACUUACUAUGCUGCGAAGCUGCUCUUCGACAUUGUACCGCUCCGACUCAUCCCACCUAUCAUCAUGGGCAUCAUCAUCUAUCCAAUGUCUGGACUUCUCCCGAAGUGGGGCGUUUUCUUCACCUUUAUACUAAUAUUGGUGCUCUUUAACUUGGCUGCGGCGGCAAUCUGCUUGACGAUUGGUAUCGUGUUCAAAGAUCCCGCUGUCGCCAACUUGAUUGGUAGCUUGGUGAUGCUGUUCAGUUUGUUGUUUGCUGGCUUGCUCCUCAAUCUCAACCAUGAUAGCAUCCAAAAAGCAGCACAGUGGCUGCAGAUGUUAUCCAUCUUCCACUACGGCUACGAGGCUCUAAUCGUAAACGAGGUCGCAAAGCUGCGUCUCAAAGACCACCGGUAUGGCCUGGACAUCGAGGUACCCGGAGCUAGCAUUCUCAGCGCCUUUGGGUUCGACAAUCUGGCACUGUGGAACGAUGUCAUUGGCCUGGGCGUCUUUGCAGGAGCAUUCAUCAUCAUCGCAUACAUAGCCAUGCAUUUCCUGCUUGUUGAGAAGAGGUGA